AUGGCAAGCAUUUCUGCGGCAGCCAACUUGGAAGAUGUGCCUUCCGUUGAUCUCAUGACCGAGCUCCUUCGUCGUAUGAAAUGCUCCACCAAGCCUGACAAACGCCUCAUUCUCAUUGGCCCACCUGGGUCAGGAAAAGGUACCCAAUCACCUAUAAUUAAGGAGGACUAUUGCUUGUGCCACUUGGCUACUGGUGAUAUGUUGAGAGCUGCCGUUUCUGCAAAGACUCCUCUUGGGAUUAAAGCUAAAGAGGCUAUGGAUAAGGGAGAGCUUGUUUCUGAUGACUUGGUUAUUGGCAUCAUAGAUGAAGCAAUGAAGAAGCCUUCAUGUCAAAAAGGUUUCAUUCUUGAUGGAUUUCCAAGGACUGUGGUCCAAGCAGAGAAGCUAGAUGAGAUGCUGAAAAAGCAGGGAGCUAAAGUUGAUAAGGUGCUCAACUUUGCAAUUGAUGACGCAAUCUUGGAAGAGAGGAUUACUGGUCGCUGGCUACACCCAUCCAGUGGUAGAACCUACCACACAAAAUUUGCACCACCCAAGACUCCUGGUGUUGAUGAUGUAACUGGAGAACCUCUGAUUCAACGAAAGGAUGAUACUGCAGCUGUUCUCAAGUCAAGGCUGGAAGCAUUUCACAAGCAAACUGAACCAGUUAUUGGUUAUUAUUCCCAGAAAGGCAUUGUUGCCAAUCUGCAAGCCGAGAAACCUCCCAAAGAGGUCACUGUCGAGGUUCAGAAAGUGCUCUCUUCAUAG